UAUAAAUCUAAAUCAUAACAUGAGCAAGCAGAGAUUCUUGUUAUAGUUUGCCAUAAGAGAAGCAAAAACCUAAGAAGAUAGGAGAAUUGAGAUAGAGGCCAUGAAUAAUGUAGAAAAAGAGAUUUAAGAGUUCGAAAACAGUGAGUAAAUUUAUAACAUAAGUAGUGUAUGGAAAUUGAAGCCUUUAAAGAUUAUUUAGAAGAUAGCGAUAUUUAUAACAAAGAUGAAGCAUUUUUCACCAAUUUAUAGAUUUAAAAUUUUGAACAAGAAUAUUUUUUAUUUGAUAAGAGAUCGAACGAGCUCAUUUUAAUAUUACCUAUAUAGUCGAUUGUUAGAUAAAAAGCCUACAAGAGUAUAAGUCUAUUUGAUAUAAAAUAGUUUGGUUAAAUAAAGUAUGAAGGCAAAUUAACAAAUGCUAUUUGGUGGAGAGUCUGGUCAUUUCUAAAAAGCAAUCAAACUGUUUUAUUACCAGCUGACAAAUUUUUAUUUGUAUGGGAUGUUAUCUUAAUGUUUGUGACAAUUAUGAAUAUACUUUAUGUUCCCUUAUAGUUGUCGUUUGAUUUGAACAAAGAAGAAAUAGGAAGUGCCUACCUAUUAUUUAGUACUCUUCCAAGUUGCAUAUUUUUGGUUGAAUUAGUCUUGAAUUUUUUUAAAGGUUAUUAUGUUAGAGGAAUAUUACAUACAUCAAAACGAGAUAUUUUUUGGCAUUAUGUAAAGGGAGAAUUUAUUAUUGAUCUGACAGUUGUAUUGCCCUUUAUACUCUCAUGGUUUGGAUACACUUUUUCCAAUUAUUUAAUGCUGAUACGAAUGACUAAAGUAAGAAGAACGAUGGUAGUCAUUGAGGAGAUCUCUAAUUUCAAAGAAAAAACAGCAGUUAUAUAUUCUCUAUUUUGUUUGAUUUAUUCUCUUUUACUAAUUUCUCAUUUUUGUGCAUGCUUAUUUCAUUACUUUGCAAUUCUUGAAGUUGAUAAUGGAUAUACACACACAUGGCUUCAUUAAUAAGGUAUAUAUGAAUCAGAUGCAUAUGUAAAAUACUUUACUUCAUUAUAUUGGGUAACAAUCACUUCAAUGACUGUGGGAUAUGGAGACAUAGUACCCGUAACAACUCCUGAAAAAAUUUUAGUAACUUUUCUAACAUUUCUGGUAGUAGGAACAUUUGGAUAUGCUUUAGGAAUGAUUCAAAGUAUAUUCUAUAAAUUAGCUGAAUAAUAAAAUUUAAACAAUGCAAAACUCAGAUUAGUAAGUAACCAUAUAAAACAAAGAGGAUUAAACACCCAAUUAUAAUUUAGAGUGCGAAAAUAUAUUGAAUAUUAUUUGUAAUUUAAAUAAGAGGAAGAAUUAGAUUUGGAUGAGUUAAUGGGAUAGCUAAAUCCAAAGUUAAAAUAAGAAGUUUAGAUAGCAAUGUAUUACAGUUAUUUAAAGCGUUCUAAAUUAUUGGGUUCAAAUUUAUCAGAUGAAAUAAUAAAAAAACUAUGUUUUUGUGUUCAUGAAAGAACAUAUGCUCCUGAAGAAUUUAUUAUUAAGAAAGAUGAUCAUCCAGAUAAAUUGUACAUUGUGUUAUCAGGAAGAAUAAAAUCAGUAUUAUUAGAUAGGACAAUUAAAAGAUAUAUAAGUGGUAAAUUGGUUUGUGAAAGAGAAUUCUUUUUUUAGGAUUAUAUGUAAUUUGAUAUGGUUGCUUAAACAUUUGUUCAAGUAGCUUACAUAAAUAAAACUGAUUUCUUGAACAUUUUAGAGAAAGAUAAUAGAUAAUAUGAAAAGUAUAGACUUAUAUUAGAUCGAACCUAAUUUGGAGAUAAUAAUAAUUAGAUAAUUUGUGAGGCUUGUUCUAGUCAUCAUCAAUUCAAACAUUGUCCUUUAGUCUUCUUUAGAAAAAACAAAAACAAAGUGAUCUCAAUUUAUAAUAGUAGUGUUGAUCAUUAAAGGAGAAUGUAUAUUAGAUAGAAAAAGAAAAGCCGAUUUAAUUUCUAAGUAAUCAAGGAGAAAGCCUUAGAUUAAAUUCUGGAUUUGAAUAAAUCCCUUGCUGUUGUUGAUAGCAAACUUCUCAUAAAAUUAGGAAUACAAAGAAAUGAUGAGGAUGAAUCUUCUUAUCCUGAUUAGUCAAUGGUUCCAUAACCUUCUAUAAAUUAACAAGAAUAAAGGUUUAUUUUGAAAAAUAGAAUGAUGAGGUAAGUCAGUCAUCGAAAUUUACUUGUACAUAAUUCUUAAGGUAAUAAUGCUUAAGAAAACUAAGAUGAUAAUCAAUCUUAAGUAUUCAGUGUAGAGGCAAAUAUAGACAAAGUUGAGGAAUAUGACUGUUAUUACCCUCAUCAUAAUAUCACUAAGGUUGCUAAAUUAAUUAAUAAUUAUAAUAUUUAUUCUAGAGUCUUAGAAAAAAUAAGAGGCCAUAAGAAUAGAUUUGCUUAAUAUAUAGCAAGGUAGAUCAUGUAUAAAAUUAUAUGA